AUGUUCAACGGACAGUGGAAAAGAACGCACGCUGACACUCUUGAGCAACUGUGCUUUGUGCUUGAAAUAAAAGAAAACGAUAAAAUUGCAGAGUUGGAAAUGCUUCUCAAUGCAAAUCUUAGCACAAUAAUUGACGAGGAGGAUGACCAAAUAACUGUUUUUCACCGAUUUGUUUUCGAUUUGGAUAAUGAAACAGAAGAUUCGAGGGUCAUCAAAUUUAAUCAAUUGGAUACUUGUACGGCAAUGAACGGAGAAAAAGUUCAAAGCUCGUAUCAUAGAAGCGGAAUCGCAUCAAUAGAAGGCCAUGAAGGCGACUUUUCCAUCACUUACAGAAUUGAUGGAAGUAGACUGAUUCAAACAAUCAAACGAGGUCAUCAUCAAUUUCGGCAAAUCUCCGAAGAAAUAUUUUACUGA